UGAUCAUGGAUGAAUUAGAUAUCUGUGGUUUUUUUCGAUCAGAUUAAGGUUUGAGGGUACCCUUGUAAAUCGGACAUUCUUCUCUUUGCAUUAUAGCUGAAGGUCGCUUAAAAUUAUGCUCACAGUACCAUUAUGUGACCUUGGAUCAUAAUUAAGUUGAUUGUCUGGCAUGAAUUAGCGUUAAGAAUGAUAUUUUUGUCUGUAACGCAUGCAUUCAUACUAUACCAGAAAACGCGUAUUUCUUAAAAUAAAAUUCAAUCCAUGUUCAGAUAUAUUAUAUUGUUUAUAAAUAAAUACAUUUUAACUGCCCGUCUAUUUUGAAAGAGAAACUCGAAUUAAAUGAAUUAAAAAGAACCCAAAACGACUACCAAAAUUUGUAUUGUAUAUUGUAUUGUAUUUUAGUUUUGAUUGUUUACAAGCUUGAUUCGAAUUAAAAGUUUACAAGUAAUCUAAGAAAAGCUUUCUAAAUCGACAGCUUCUCUUUGUUUCCAUGUUUAUGUGUAUCCAUGCUGUUUAAAAGCUUUUUAUAAAUCUAGAUUAAAAUCUAAAGUCGUCUUCAUUGUAUUGAUAAAAUGCUAAAACCAUUAAAUUGAUGUACAUAGUUUAAAAAUGAUAUAUUCAGGAGAGCUUAUUCCAAGUCCCACGAUGUUAUGUACACAUUAACACACAAACUGUUGUACCACGUUCUUAGGAUGAAAAGGGGUUGUAAAGAAGACAUUGGUGCAAUAGAAUACUUUUGCCAGCGGUCUUGGAAUGAUAUUCAUCGUACUUGGGGAUAUCUUCAAACCACAGAAGAGAACAGGUUCUGUUCUACUGAUCUGUUUUUAGAACAAAUGCUGUUUUGUUCUAUGCUUGGAUAUGAACAAUUCUUUAAAACUAGGAAACAGGAUUAACGUUUCUAAACAAUGUAAUGCAAAAUGAUAAUAAAUCAGCUGUUGUAUCUAAGGGAUUGUUAACCGUUUGAAAAUAAACAUGA